AACAGAUAUAAUUGAACGAAUUCAGAACAGACAGGAGCAGCCGAGUUCUUCUGAGAGUCUUGUAGAAAGGCUGAGGAUGUUCAGACAAAAUACUCCCAUUAGAGGACCAAAGCGACGGGGGCAAACAAGACUUGCAACUUUCAGAGUUGGUCUCUUCCUCCAUCCUGCUAUGGAAACAUUCCACCCACAUAAAGACUGCUGUAUGGAAUGUCCAGUGCAUAGAGAGAACUUCGCAGUGGGAGAGCCAGUCAGACAGCUACCCUGUAACCACUUUCAUUCAGAAUGUAUUGUACCAUGGCUGGAAAUGCAUGUCCAGUGUGCAGGAAGAGUUUAAACGGAGAAGACGGCAGCAGCCAGACCCCAUCAGAAUAUCUGCCCUCUCCAUGGAUGCCGCAAACAGGAGAGAUUGUCCUUCUGAGACACCAGUCAUCCCUCGGUUCUCCUCGCCUACAUCAAACACGCCGAGAAGACAAAGCGCUUGUCACGUUCUCUUUGCUAUCUGUUGCAGUCAUAAUCAUCUCAGUCUGAUAUUCCUUUGUAUUUCUUUGUAUUUGUUUAAUUUAUUUAAUGCCUUUCUGCACCAUGUAAACUGUUACCAAUACAGGCUUCCUAACAGUCGGUUGAGUUCAAGCCCAUGUCUUCACCUCUCAAGCAACUCCAUCUUUCUUGACAUGCACUGCGGCAAUAUGCUAUUAUGGGGAAAUGCCAGACUUUAUAUCAUACCAUGUCCUCUUUACACAUCAGCAAAUUUGCUAAUCCUGCAACUUGAGCACUACAUUUACAUUUAUGCAUUUGGCAGACGCUUUUGUCCAAAGCGACUUAGAGUGCACUUAUUACAGGGACAAUCCCCCAGAGCAACCUGGAGUUAAGUGCCUUACUCAAGGACACAAUGGUGGUGACUGGGGCUCGAACCAGUGAUCUUCUGAUUACCAGUUUACCAGUUAUGUGGUGUAGACCGAACAAUAUGAACACAAUAUUGCCCUGAAAUAAAUGAUAUGUUUGUGAAGGAUAUAAUAUAUUUUUGAGAUUUUGUCAGGAAGAUCUUGAUUGAUCUCUGGUUACUUAUUCUGGUGGUGUUUUAUUGGAUUGCAUUAUAAAACCAUGGGCCAAUGACUGGGUGAUGGGCAAUCGAUGGGGUAUCUUUAAAAUGUUAUGUUUGUGAAAUA